AUGCUUCCUAGUGGCCUGUCUCAGAACGUGGAGAUGCGGCUGAGCCUCGCCCCUAGUUUGCAGAGAACACCCCGCCCCCCGGAGCCGCAGGUGCCGCUGGGCCAGCUGCUGUGCACGCGACUACCGCCGCCCUUGCUACCCGACGAGCCGCUGACGACUCCCGUGUACGUGCGCGCCGAGGGCUCGCUCGCGCCCGAGUCCGCCGCCGCACUCGAUGCUAUCUUCGCGCGGCUCGCAGUCCUCGCCCAGAGGAAGCGAGACGGCCCCAGCGAGCAGAGCGCCCGCGACACCGAAUUGGCCAGGGCCGAGAGCAUUUUUGUCGUCCCGACCCCAGUGGCUGAGCAGCAGCAGAGGCAUUCGUGCAACCCUAGCCCCCCCCGAGGCUGA